AUGAGUGCUCCCCUUCGUGAGCCGAGCUGGCUCAGCUGCUUCCGGAGCAAGGCCCCGCCUUCCGAAGUGGCACGGGCUUGGCUACACGACUUGAGCCCGAGUGAACGGGAGGAGGCCAAAGCAGACGCACCGAGCGCACGCGCGAAGCUCCGGCAAAGCCUUACCUCAUCCGGCUGCCCGGAGAUUCGGGAGGACGCUGCCAACGGGUACGUCUACACCGCUGCAGUCUUACGGGCAGCCGACGAGGUGCUGGGCAUCCCACCACCCAAGGCACGGGGCAACCUGCGCGGUGCAGCCUCCGGGGAUGGGGCGCCGGUCGGCUCAAGAUGUGUGCUCUCCGGAGAUGGAAACAAAGCUGGUAGCCUCGGCCUCUGGUGGAGUGACUUUCAGACGGCCUGUCGACCUUUUGAGCUGCUCGAGCGUGGCAUCACACACAGGCUGAAUAUGGCAGCUGAAGUGGUCAAAAAGUUUCCGGCCGAUAUCGAGGGCAUAGAAACCCUGCAUGUCCCCAUGCGAGAUGCCUUCAGCAACGAGCGUGAGGUGAACGAGGGGAGCGUGGACGAAUGGGCAGAACAGCUGGGGCAAGCUUUAGAAAUCUUACGAAGGCUCCGUGAUGCUGGUGCCAGCGUAAAUGUGAGCUGUCAGAUGGGCAAAAACCGGAGCGCAGCGGCGGUGUUGGUCUGGAUGUGCAGUGAGGCUGGCUGGAAGCUGGAGGAGGCCGUAGAGCACCUGCGAGGCAUCACAGCGCUGGCCUGUGGGAAUCCUUACCUCAUCGAAGCCGUGGCGAAGUUUCUGAAUGUCGAUGCAGACGUCCCGCUGAACCCAGCCGGGGACCAAGGCCACUGGAUCUGCAUCUCUCCGCCCGGGACGCCCACAGCCACCCAGGCUCCCGUGGUGGAUCUGGCUGAGGUGGCUGCCAAGGCCGAAGCACAGCUGGCAGGCACCGCGCAGACCGAGGAGGAGGCAGCAGGAGAAGAGCUCUCCGACCUUUUCGCCGGCAUUUGUAUCAAGCUCUUUGGCCGCAGCUUGGGAACGGGGCCCACGAUGGCCUUGGCGGCGAGGCACGACAUCGCUGGAGUCAUCCUCAUCAGCCCCUUCACAAGCAUCAAGGACCUGUUUCAUGGGCAG